AAAACAACAAAGUUUCUCAUAAAACAAAGACUAGCACUUUCAAACCAGUCUUCUUCCUUAGGGUUUUCCCUAGGGUUUAACCAAAUAUCAGAUGAUUCAAGAAAAAAAUUGAAACUUUAACAUAAAGAAUCAAUCUUUUUGCUAUUAGAUCAAGAAUGGAAGCCAGAGUAGGAGUUGAGGGUGGUGCAAGAAAGUUUUUACAACAACCCCAAAAGUCACAACAACAUCACCAUUAUCACACACAACAACAACAGCAGCCACAGCCUCAACCUCAGAUUGGUACUGUGCCUCAGCUUCUUGCUGGUGGCAUUGCUGGUGCUUUCAGCAAAACCUGUACUGCUCCCCUCGCCCGCCUCACCAUUCUUUUUCAGGUUCAAGGUAUGCAUUCAGAUAUAGCAGUAUUAAGCAAGCCCAGUAUAUGUCGUGAGGCAUUGCGAAUAGUCAACGAAGAAGGAUUCAGGGCUUUUUGGAAGGGGAACUUGGUUACUAUUGCUCACAGGCUACCGUAUUCCUCAGUCAAUUUCUACUCUUAUGAACGCUACAAGAGUCUAUUGAAAACAAUUCCUGGCCUGGAUGGUAAAGGAGGAAAUGCAGGUGCCGAUAUUUUUGUGCACUUUGUUGGUGGUGGAUUGGCUGGAAUAACAGCAGCUGCUGCCACCUACCCGUUGGAUCUUGUCAGGACAAGAUUAGCUGCACAGAGGAAUGCGGCAUACUAUCAGGGCAUCUGGCACGCUCUUCGUACCAUUUGCAGAGAUGAAGGCGUUUUUGGGUUGUACAAAGGGCUUGGUGCUACAUUACUGGGUGUUGGACCUAGCAUAGCAAUAAGCUUUUCCGUCUAUGAGGCUUUGAGAUCUCACUGGCAGACUCAAAGGCCCGAUGAUCCUACUGUUGCAGUCAGCCUUGCUUGUGGAAGUCUUUCAGGAAUUGCAUCUUCCACUGCAACUUUCCCUUUGGAUCUUGUGAGGCGAAGAAAGCAGUUGGAAGGAGCAGGAGGACGUGCACGUGUGUACAACACUGGCAUAAUGGGGAUAUUUAAGCACAUAAUCAAAACUGAAGGCUUACGUGGUUUGUACAGAGGGAUAAUGCCCGAGUACUACAAAGUAGUUCCCAGUGUGGGAAUUGUGUUCAUGACGUACGAGACACUGAAGAAGCUUCUAUCUCAAGGACCGUUUGAUUCUUGACGUUUUUCAGUUCUGCACUCUUCCAGUUUUCUGAUAAAAAAAAGCCACACAAGGUUCAGUUUUGUUUGAGUUACUAGUUAGGAAGAAUUGAUAAGGUAAUUAGUAUUAAUAUUAAUUAAAAGAGAAAACAUUCACACGGUAGCAAAUUUUGUGGUUGCUGCUGUUAGACUUGCCUUUUGUUGUAUAGCCAUUGAAAAUCACCAAGUGUCCCACAUACAUUGUAUCUCUAGAUAUUUAGGAUGGUUAAUUCGUAGGAUUUUACCUUUUCUUUGUCAUCUUAGAUGAUUGUAUCACCCAUACAGUUUUGUUUGUGGGAACCUUUUUUUAUUUUCAUUUUUUUCCUCUCCAUUUUAUCUAGUGCUUCCUUUUGGCAAACCUCUGAAUCCCUUUAAGGUAGCGUUAAGGACAGUGGUGUAUGUCACGGUAUUGCUUGGCAAUUGUAAUAUGAGAGGACUCAAAGUUGGUUCUUUUAUUCA